AUGGCAAAGACGACCAACGCGCAGGCCAAUAACUUUUCCACUACUACUGCAACCUCUUAUCUUCCAUUCAAAUCCGUUUUUUCCAACUCUACGACUGCAUUUGCGUCGUCUCGUCAAACUCAGCUAUCUCAACUAACAAUGACCUCUAAUCAACCAACUGAUUUAAAAUCUGGCCAGAUGCAGGCCGUCUCUGGCUCGCGUGCCCAUCAUGGCAACACUCACCACGCUACUGGACCUGGCAAUUCAGGCAACCAGCUUGUCCCGUCAUCUAGCUCAAGCCGGCUUCAUCCCACUGGCCAGAACGUUAUUGGUGUUCACUACAAAAUUGGUAGAAAGAUUGGCGAAGGGAGCUUUGGCAUCAUUUAUGAAGGAACAAAUUUACUCAACAAUCAACCCGUUGCAAUCAAAUUUGAAUCCAGAAAAACAGAUGCUCCUCAGCUUCGUGAUGAAUACAAGGCAUAUAAAAUCAUGUCUCAUUCCGAUGGCGUUCCUGCUGUAUAUUACUUUGGUCAGGAAGGGCUUCAUAAUAUACUUUGCAUUGACCUACUAGGCCCUUCCUUGGAGGAUUUAUUUGAUCUCUGCAAUCGACAACUAUCAUUUAAAUCUGUAUGCAUGCUUGCUAAACAAAUGAUUACUCGUGUUCAGAGCAUCCAUGACCGAAAUCUUAUUUACCGAGAUAUCAAACCCGACAACUUCCUUGUUGGGCGAAUUCCUCGUCAUGCAGAAGCAUCUGCAAAUGCUUUGCCUGGGACUGACCCAAACAGCAUUGUUGCAAAUCAUUCAGUCGAACAUCCACAUCCUGCCGCACAAGUAUUUAUCGUUGACUUUGGUAUGGCUAAACAAUAUCGUGAUCCCAAGACAAGGGUUCAUAUUCCCUAUCGUGAGAAAAAGUCUCUUUCUGGAACUGCUCGCUACAUGAGCAUCAAUACUCAUUUGGGUCGUGAGCAAUCAAGAAGAGAUGAUCUAGAGGCACUGGGUCAUGUAUUUCUUUAUUUUUUAAGAGGAAGUCUGCCAUGGCAAGGACUCAAGGCUGCAACUAACAAACAAAAAUACGAAAAAAUUGGUGAAAAAAAGCAAACUACUACUAUUGAGGAACUGUGCGAAGGAUUGCCUGUCGCAUUUUCAAGCUAUAUGACAUAUGUACGUGGUCUUAAAUUUGAGGAACAUCCAGAUUACGACUAUCUUCGCGGCUUGAUGUCGACUGCGCUACGCUCAAUUGGCACAACAGACGAUGGUGUUUACGACUGGAUGGAAAUUAUGGAUAUCCAACGCAAGGAAAAGGAGCGUCUUCGUGAGGCAGAACGAGAUAUGCGUGAUCAACGUGAGCGUGAAAGACUGCAUCGUUCUGGCGCUGCUGCUGCCGCCGGCGGUAGCUCUGCUCCAAUAAAUACAGUGCCAAGUUCUGGAUUGAAUCAAACCAACUCUCAAACAAUAUCGCCUGGCACAAAUAUUCCUUCUUCCCCUUCUGGCCCUAGACUAUCCCAACUAGGUACUACUCCUCAUACUCACGGACCCGCACAAAGUGGCAGCAUGUAUGCCAUUCCCGGAUCUACAUAUGGUCUUGGCAGCCAAUCUGUCUCUCGAGAACCCACAUCAAGUCGCACCGAUGUUGCACAAUCACGGGUGUCGGUUUCUCAGCAACAGCAUUUGAUGCAACAACCGCAGAUGCCACCUCAUGAUACGACUGCAGAUAUACGUACUCAUGGUUUGACUAAUUUACCUUUUUCAGAUAAAGGUCAUGGCCCACAAACUGGAAACAUGAACGACAUGUCUAAUUUGACUCCUGCUCCUCUUUUGGUGGGUAGCAAUGGUGCACAUCCUGCAGAUAAAAAAAAGCAUACUCCAUGGUGGAAAAAGCUAUUUAGGGUAUGCGGCUCAAAAAAUUCGACCAUGUAGUUUUUUAGGAUCAUACAAGGAUAAAGUCGGCUCUACAAAAAGCAUUCUUUGGAUAACAUAAGCCUGUUGUUUUUAUGCACUGCAACUUAACCCAAGCCACUACGCUAUUGCUUGCCUUUUUUAUUUUUGCUCCUUUUUUAAUUUCAAUCAAUCUAUUUUUUGGUUAUUGCUAUAUAUUUUUACUUUUGUUUGCAGCAUGGUUGCUUGAUUCGUACGUGUAUGUGUGCUGCUUAUUUUUCAUUAUAUGCAAAAUCCAGUCAAAUAUAUUCCGUCACCUCG